AUGGGCGCUGAGCAGUCUGCCAUAUAUGACGGCCCUCCGGAGAUCCUCGAGGCCAGGAACCUCCCGUCGGUGGCCAAGUACAUGAAAUCGGAAGAAUGUAAGAACAUCUUCAUCAUGCUCGGUGCAGGCGUCAGCACGUCUGCUGGGAUACCGGACUUCCGGUCGCCAGAGACAGGACUAUACGCAAACCUUGCCCGUCUCAAUCUCCCCUACCCUGAAGCGGUCUUUGAGAUCAGCUUCUUCCGCGAGGAUCCCAUCCCUUUUUACACGCUUGCCCGCGAACUCCUGCCCGGGCGUUUCCGGCCAACGCCGACCCACUCAUUCGUCCGCCUCCUCGCCGACCAUGGGCUCCUGCACACAUGCUUCACGCAGAACAUAGACACGCUAGAGCGGCGCGCUGGGGUCCCAGCCCAUAAGAUCGUAGAGGCUCAUGGCAGCUUUGCUAGCCAGAGGUGCAUAGACUGCCGGACAGAGUACGACGGCGAGAAGAUGCGAGAAUGCCUCAGGGCUGGCACCAUCGCACGAUGCCCGGAGUGCGAGGGAUUGGUCAAACCGGACAUCGUCUUCUUCGGCGAGUCUGUAAGUAGUGCUGCCCAUCCUCGCAAGGAGUCCCCCGAAACUGACACGAAGUUUGCACUUCAGCUGCCAGAGCAUUUCCACCAGGCCGUCCCGCAACUGCGAAAAGCUGAUAUGCUUUUCGUCAUUGGGACUUCAUUGACUGUCCAGCCGUUUGCCUCCCUCGCAUCGAUAGCCCCUGCGCACUGCCCACGAGUACUCAUCAACCUCGACCAUGUGGGCGACUUUGGCAGUAGGCCUGAUGACGUCAUCUGCCUGGGCAAGUGCGACCACGUUGUUCGCGAGUUGUGCAAGGAGCUCGGCUGGGAAGAGGAGCUCGAUGCAGCGUGGAAGGAGACCGAGAAUAGCGUAGUCGAGUUUGAUGUAGAACAUCCGGCGCCCGUCGGGCCUGAGCAAUCGGACGAGAAAGAGGAGGAACAAUUGGAAGAGGAGGUGGAGGAGAUCACGGAGAGGCUGGAGAGGGUGCUGGGGUCGCGAUACAUUCCUGUUGCAGCAGGAGAGGAUGAUUGGCCAGAGAGCGACUCACUGAUCGCGACUGGAGAGGAGGUUCCGGUGACGGAGGACGAGCCUCAGCCUAGGAAAGCGGACGACAAUGCUGUUCCUGAGACAGAGGGUGAAGUCAAACAGGCUAAAGAGGAGCUCUAG